AUGAAGAAGCUAUUUGUACUUGUCCUCUGCCUCACCUUACUGACUUGCUUCUCAGGGGCCUCUCCGAUUCUGACGGAAAAGCAGGCCAAGCAGCUCCUGAGAUCCCGACGGCAGGACAGGCCGAGCAAACCCGGGUUCCCUGACGAGCCCAUGCGGGAGUACAUGCAUCAUCUGCUCCGCCUGGAGCACCGGGCCGAGGAGCAGUUCCUGGAGCACUGGCUGAACCCUCACUGCAAGCCCCACUGUGACAGGAACGUGGUCUAUCCCGUGUGAGGGGCUCGGGACCAGCCUCUGUUGCGGAAAUGGAUGGAUUCAGACCUUGUGAGCUGUGGGCACAGCAGAGGUUGCUUUGGGGAUUGAUGGCAAAUAUAUACAC